AUGAGCAAUAGCCAGACCAGUGACCCACAACCUGUUCCGCGGCUGUCCUGCAUCCAGUGUCGUGGUAAGAAGUUGAAAUGUGACCGUGUGAGGCCACGCUGCGCGCGUUGUACGAGACUUCAAGAAGAGUGCCUCUAUCCGAAAUCCAGGCAAAAGCUAGUUGGGAAACGAAUACAGGUCAAAGAGCUCGAGGCUAGGCUAGGCCAGCUUGAGGACUCAGUAAAGAACGCUAAAGCGGACCUACAGCCGCCAUCCCCGAGCGACGAUAACUCUAUCCCAUGGGACUGGGACCACGCUGCGUCGAGCAUCAGCGGUGCUGAAUCAUUGCUCGUAGAUACUAGUGGUGCACAGCCGGCCUCUGUGCAACCGGAGGUCUUUGCUUCGGAUGAACUAAUUAGGCUGGGUCUCUUUGAGCACUUCCCCCCUCUUCAAGUCAUGGAAGACCUGAUAGAUAUCUACUUCGAUAAACUGCAUUAUGGAGCCCCCAUGUUGCAUCGGUCUCGUUACACAACGUCAGUGCUUCUGCCAUCCCCUAUGCGACCGCCAAUGUGUCUUCAGUAUAUCGUAAUGGCCUUGGCUGCAGCCUCCACAGAGACGUUCAGACAUCUCGCAACACCAUUCUACCAGCGUGCUAGAGCCUAUGCCGAAUCAGAUGAGAUGAUGGAUCAAGGGGAGCGAUUUACAACAGUGGCCCAUGCACAAUGCUGGACCCUAAUGGCCAACUUCGAAGCUCAACUCACCUUAUUUUCCCGAGCAUCGACAAAUAAAGGUUGCGAGGCUCCGCUGUUAACUCUUCCGCCACCAAAAGACUGGUCUGAGUUGGAAGAGCGGCGCCGAACGUGGUGGGUGAUAUUUUGUUCGGAUCGUUUCGUCUGUGGAACCACUGGAUGGCCCACUCUGAUCAACGAGCGAGAUAUUCAUACCCUGCUUCCAGCCUCGGAUGAGGCAUUCGAUGGCGGUGUUGAGGAACAGACGAGCUCACUUAUGGCCGCAAUACGGCAAGAAAAUAGGGGCUAUUCCUCAUUUGCCGGAAGGGUUCUAGUUGCGCAUAUGUUUCAUCGAGCAAUAGAACAUACUUCCCAAAGCUAUCCAGAUGACAACCCGCAGGACAUAAAAAACGGCCCAUACUGGAGACGGCAGAGAGGCAUUGACAAUGACCUAGCAACCAUGCUUAUGUUUUUACCUGGCAAUCUCCGUCUUCCUAGAAGUAUCCGUUGUCAGAAUGCCGUGUUCGUCAACGUUUAUAUCCACACCACUAUUAUUUGUAUCCACAGGGCAGCUGUGUCGAAGAUAAAUCAGUUAACGUUGCCUGAAUACUUAAUGAACCAAAGCCAAGGCCGGUUACUACUAGCAGCUGAGGAGAUCCUUAAUAUCUUCCGCAUGGUCAAUGAUCUUGACGCUACGCUCAAGAACCCGCUAAUGGCAUUCUCGAUGUAUAUGGCCGCCUUAGUCUUCCUAGAAGACUUUGUGAUGGACCACAGCGACCAAAGUGAAGAUAAUCUUAAUUUUCUCCAGAACAUUAUGAUUGCUUUUGGCCGAACCAACGCUAUAACUAGGUCAUUAGCAAUUCAGCUUGCCAUGGACAUGAGACAGAGUGGCUUUGACGCUUCAGCGAUGGACAAGGUAUAA